AUGAAUUGGUCAAUAAUAUUUCUAUGUAUUUGUGUUAUUGCAUUAUUAAUUUUAACAUUAUGCUUAAUUGGGCAAGGGAAUGGACUAGAGAAUAAUAGUAUAUUAGGUAAAACUUAUCAAUUUUUAGUAUCAGAUGAUGGUUUAGUAAGAUAUGUUCGAUUAUUAUUUGGAGGAAAACAAUGGGGAAUGAUAAAGAGUUUUUAUAAUAAAAUUUUAUAUAAAAAGAGUCAUUUAUUACAAAUUAUUUAUUUAGCUAUGAUAGGUGUAUGUGAUUUAUUGUUAAUAAGAGAUGUUUUUCAUUCACUGCCACAAGAAUAUUUUAUUUUCUUUCAUAUCAAUUUAAUUCUAACAAUAAUCUUUUUCUUUAUUGCAAGUCUUUCAAAUCCUGGAUAUAUUAACCAAUAUAAUGUUAAAGAGUAUAUUAAGAAAUACCCAUUUGAUAAUAUUAUCUUUUAUCGUAGGAAAUGUUCUACAUGUUUAUUAAUGAAACCAUCACGUUCUCAUCAUUGUAAUAUUUGUAAUAGAUGUAUUGCAAAAUAUGAACAUCAUUGUUGUUGGAUUAAUAAUUGUAUUGGUGAAUUAAAUUGUAGAUAUUUCAUUAUAUUUUUAAUUAUAACAACAAUGCUAUGUUAUCAUAGUUGUUUCUUAUCUUUUUCAGUAGUAUCAAAAGUAAUAACUCAAUAUGAUCUUCUUAAUAUUGACUCAUAUCAUUUAACAAAUGAACAGUCAUUAAUAAUUCUUUUUAAUGAAACUGGGAGUGCAUUAUUUGUAGGAUUAUUUUCUUUAUUUUCAGGGGUAAUAUUAAGUUUGUUUACGUUAUAUCAUAUAAUGAUGAUUUCUCGUGGAAUAACAACCAACGAGAAAUUUAAAUGGAAAAUGUUACAAAGUCGUGAUAGUACAAUUCAAUAUAAAAAUAAAUAUGAUUUAGGUGUUAUAGAAAAUAUAUUUUGUGUGUUAGUUCCAUCCAGAAAACCACAAUAUACAUUUAAAUAA